AUGGUUCAAUGCAUUUAUUUAAAAACAUUAUCAUCUGCUUCUAUCACAGUUCGACAGAGCAGAAAAUAGCCAUAGCAAUCAAUUAGUGUUAUCAUCUAAAAAUGGAAAAAAGGGUUGCAAUUAUUGGAGCAGGAAUCAGUGGAUUACUUGCUUGCAAAUAUAUUCUAAAGAUUGGUUACAAUCCAGUUGUGUAUGAAGCUGAUGAUGGCAUUGGAGGAGUAUGGAGACAUACUAUUGAAUCUACCAAACUUCAAAACCCCAAACAAGCUUACCAGUUUUCAGAUUUUCCAUGGGAUUCUUCUGUGAAAGAAGAUUGUCCAAGUAGUCAGCAAGUGCUGGACUAUCUUAACUCCUAUGCUCAACAUUUUUCUAUUGUUCCUUAUAUAAGAUUCAACUCUAAAGUCAUUGAUAUUGAUUAUGUUGGAGAGUCUGAUGAAGAAAUGAAGUCAUGGGAGUUGUGGAAUGGUGAUGGAACUCCUUUUGGAUCUAAAGGAAAAUGGCAUAUUACGGUGGAAGAUACUAAGAAUUUUUCAACAGAGGUGCACAAGGCCGAGUUUGUUAUUCUUUGCAUUGGUAAAUAUAGUGGUUUUCCAAACAUUCCUGAGUUCCCUCUUGGAAAAGGUCCAGAAAAUUUUAAGGGUAAAGUUAUGCAUUCUAUGGACUACUCUUCCUUGGACAAUGAUGUUGCUGCUGACUUGAUAAAAAACAAGAGUGUUACAGUCAUAGGCUCCGGAAAAUCAGCUCUUGAUAUAGCCGCUGAAUGCGCAAAUGCAAAUGGAGUCACCCAUCCUUGUACGAUUAUCCGUAGAAAUGCGCAUUGGUUUCUACAAGAUUUCAACAUUUGGAGUAUUAGUCUUGGAUAUUUCUAUUUCAACCGUUUUGCAGAACUUUUAGUUCACAAGCCCAGAGAAAACUCCAUUCUUUUCCUUCUCGCAACUUUACUUUCACCAUUGAGAUGGGGAAUUUCAAAACUUGUUGAAACAUAUUUGAAAUGGAAAUUGCCACUGAAGGAGUAUGGACUAGUACCUAAUCACAGUUUUCUUCAAGAAAUCUCUGCAUGUCAAAUUGGGGUACUUCCGGAGUACUUUUUUGACAAAGUGGAAGAAGGAUCCAUAGUGAUAAAGAAAUCACAAAGCUUUAGCUUCUGCAAUGAAGGUUUGAUUAUUGAUGGAGAUGCUAAGCCUAUAAAAACAGAUUUAGUUAUUUUUGCCACAGGAUAUAAAGGUGACCAAAAACUUAGAAACAUAUUCAAAUCUCCAGUAUUCCAAAAUUACAUUAGCAGGUCAGAAAGAUCAUCAGUUCCCCUUUACAGGAAAAUAAUCCAUCCUCGAAUUCCACAAUUGGCAAUAAUAGGAUACGCCGAGAGCAUAUCAAAUAUUGUUUCUGACGAAAUGAGAUGUCAGUGGCUAUCACAUUUUUUAGAUGAAAAUAUUGAAUUGCCAAGCAUUAAAGAGAUGGAAAAGGAUGUCAAAUUAUCGGAAGAAAACAUGAAACAAUAUGCUGGAAAAUUUUAUUGGAGAUCAUGCAUUGUUAGUUGUGGGAUAUGGUAUAAUGAUCAAUUGUGCAAAGACAUGAAAUGUAACCCCAGAAGAAAGAAGAAUCAUUUUGCAGAGCUAUUUGAACCAUAUGGACCUACAGAUUAUACAGGAUCUGAAGAUCAAGGUGAGCAAGCUUGUGAAGCUAAUGAUUGACAACAAAUUAGUUAUAAGUUUUUCCAAGAACUCAUUGCUGCAUGGGAGAAGCAAGUACAUUGCCACAAAGUUUUACUAUUUGAAGAAUUAAAUUCAAAAUGGAGUGCUAGAAAUUGUGCACUGUAGCACCCAGAGAUAACUUGUAAAUGUGCUGAUUAAAACCGUAAAAACCGAACACUUCAUCAAUUUGAUGAAUGAAAUUGGUGUUGUUAAUUUUAGUUCUGAAUGUGAAUUAAGGGAUGGUGUUGAAGUGUAAUUUCACAUCUAUUAGUUUGUUUUGGGUCGUG